AAAAAGGUAAACAAACAGACGACAGUCAGGAGCUGGCGAUUUUGCUGUAAUUAUGACGAUGAACUGCGCAAGGCGAGUGGUAGUAACAGGUUUAGGGUUGGUCACACCUCUUGGAGUGGGAGCUCCUACCACUUGGUUACAGCUCACUGCAGGAAAAGUGGGCACAGCGGCUCUUACGGAUCCUAGAUUUUCACAGAUGCCAUGUCGUGUAGCAGCACCUGUACCUCGCGGGAAGGAAGAUGGACAGCUUGACCUCUCCAAACACUUCAGUCCUAGUGAGCUACGAACAAUGACUCCUGCUAUUGCAUAUGCCUUGGUUGCAGCACAAGAAGCUAUAGAAAAUGCAGGCUGGAAACCAGAGUGUCCCAUGGAACAAGAAAGAACAGGUGUGGCUGUGGGUAUGGGCAUGGUUGACCUUGAUGAUGUCCUCAUGACUGGUCAAGCUCUUCAGCAAAAAUACAGCAAAGUCAGCCCAUACUUUGUUCCCAGAAUAUUGACCAACAUGGCAGCUGGGCAGAUUAGCAUGAAAUAUUCAUUUCAAGGCCCAAACCACAGUGUGUCCACGGCAUGUGCCACAGGAGCUCAUGCAAUCGGAGAUGCAUUUCGUUUCAUAAAGUAUGGAAGUGCAGAUGUAAUGGUGUGUGGUGGCACGGAGGCGAGUAUCACACCUUUGGGCAUUGCUGGAUUUUGUCGACUGAGAGCUCUUGCCACAAACUUCAAUGAUGACCCCGAGAGAGCUUCACGGCCGUUUGAUGCGAAGCGUGAGGGGUUCGUCAUGGGGGAAGGGGCAGGGAUUUUGGUCCUUGAAGAACUGGAACAUGCUCUAAAGAGAAAUGCAAAUAUCUAUGGAGAAAUUUUAGGAUAUGGACUCUCAGGUGAUGCAUACCAUUAUACUGCACCCAGAGAGGAUGGAAAAGGUGCUGUGAGAGCCAUGAAGAUGGCCAUUGAAGAAGCACAAGUGAGCUUAGAGGAUGUUCGUUACAUAAAUGCCCACGCCACAUCAACACCUCUCGGAGAUGCUAUUGAAGUUACUGCUAUUAAAUCCCUUUUCGAAGAACAUGCAGAAAAUCUUCAGAUAUCGUCUUCGAAAGGAGCAAUGGGUCACUUACUUGGAGCCGCAGGAGCUGUUGAAGCCAUCCUGACCAUUCUAGCUUGCCACGCAGGAUAUAUUCCUCCCACGGUGAAUCUUGAGGAUCCGUCACCGGGCUUAGAUUUGGACUUUGUUCCGCUCGAGUCCAAAGCCUGGCUCCAGAUGGCAGACAGGAGAAUAGCCUUAACAAAUUCCUUUGGUUUUGGGGGAACAAAUGCCACACUGUGCAUAGCAUCCUGUUAUUAAGUUACUAGGCCAUUUUUUUAUGAUUAUUUUAAGACCGAGUAGACUUUUGCAGCCAAAUAGGUUCUUGACCAAGAGAAAUGUGUUUUGUUAUACUUUGUUAUGUAGAAAUAACCUUAGCGUGUAUAUGGUUGAACAUAUAUAGUUUUUUUUGUAAAUUUGUAAAAGGAUUUUUUGAUAUCCAAAUGUAUGUAACUGAAACUAUUUUUUUUUUGAGUGAAAAGGAAGCUUUU